AUGGAAAACCUAGAGCCUGUUCUGAAGAAAAUCUUUGAGGAGCAUCCUCUAGCAUCAGCUGAACACUCCAGACCUAAGGGUCGAACAGACUCUAUGAGACAUGAACAGAAAGGACGAAACAGAGACGAGGAACAAGGAGGCCGUGAUGGCUGUCAGUCCACAGGUUUGAGUUCCAUCAAGACUAAGGGUCAAGAGAUUAAAAUAAGUCAUAGGCCUAUUGUUCUGGCGGAGGAGCUGGUUUUGCCAUCUCUCUCUGGAUUACCCAUGAGGCUAAGCAUCAACAUGUCCACUUUGUUCUCCCUCAGGAUUAAAGGCAUUGCUAACUAUAAGAAUUGGUCACAUUUCUCUCUGGCUGGCUAUGUCAAACCAAAUGCAUUGGUUGCUAUCUCCGUGAGAGCUGGAGUGGAUGGAGCGUUUGGUCGUUUGGGAUUAGAGUGGGUCACUCAACUCAAAACCUUCACCAGCUUGGAUGGAGCUGUAUAUCUGCAUCAUGGACAGAGCCUGAAGGUGGUUCUCAAUACUCCAGAAGAUGUCAUGGAUGUACUGACCUUCAACUCCAGAAUGUAUCGUGUGAGUGGGGAAAGUAAAGAGGAGCUCAUAGCUACAAGAAAUCUCAAGGAGAAGAACACUUGCACUCCUAAAGCAUGGUCUAAGAUGGUUGGAUGGCAGUUGUGCUCUGAUAUCAUUUAUCCUUUGACACUGAUGGGAAAAGGCUUCCCACCACUGGACCCCGUUCUUUUUACUCUCAGACUCCAAAAACUAGACACUGGUCUCAACCAGUACCUCAUGGAGGCAGCCUAUACUUUUGUACCCCAGCGUAAUUCCUGGAUGCCACUGGAAGCCACUCUGCUUCUCUUUCUUGGCACACCGCAAUCCAUUAUCCCCAGAGAUGUGUCCCUGGAUGUCAAUCUCAGUCCAAAAAGGCUGAUUCUAAAAAUAACACAUCCCCUAAAAACCAUUCACAUUCAAGGUUUCAAAACCACUUCAAAAAUGGAUUUCCUAAUGAAUAUUUCAAGCUCUUUUUGUUCUGCUUUUUUCUUGCAGUGUACAGUUAAAAAGGAAGAGGAGACGUUUAAUGCUCACUUGAGUGGAACUCUACCAGAUGAUCAAGAGUGGCGGCUAUCUCUUUCAGCAGAUAUUUUCAAUUCAAUACAAGAUCUCGCUGCUUUACCUAAUUCAGCUAGUUUAGUUGGAGUACUAACCCAGUCAAAGGGUCUAACUGAAGGAGAGCUUACUGUAGUAGUGGACGAUGCUGUAUAUGGGCUGGAAGUGACCCGUCAGCAUGACAGGAAGUCUGGAGAAGAUCUUCGUGCCUUACUAUGUCUAGUUGCUAUGGAAGAGUCACUGUGUGUAAACAUCAACAGUAAUUUAACACAUUGUGGGUGCAGACAUCUUCAUACCCAGCUGUCUCACACUUUCCCUUGGCUUCGUUCUGCAGGGCUUCCGCUGAACAGCAGCGCAGGUGUGUUUGUAAACUGGAAUGACAGCAGUGUCUGUGCCCUACUGACGCUGCAUGCAGGGGCCAGCGGCCUGAGAGCCACACUGGAGCAGACUUCACACCACAGCUCACAAACUACUGGAUGCUCUCAGGUGAACUGCACAGAGGGGAUCGACACAGGCCACCUGCUGGCCGUCUGCUCUGGGCAAGACCAGGAAGACUCACUGAAGGUUGGAAUCAGAGCUAGUCUUUAUAACUCCCAGAGGUCAGCUUUCUCAUUCGAUCUUCAAGGUCACCACGAUAUCUCCAGCAUUGGACUAAUGGUGAACAUUUCCCACAACAUAUCUGCUUUGCAUUCAUACCUGCCAUUUGAGUUUCACUCAAAAUCACAGUUGAGCCACGCAAGCUCUUCAGUUAAAGUUACUGCAGAACUUCUGGUCGGUGUGAGCGGUUUGGCUUUUGAAGCAGAGAUCUCGAGUACAAACUCUGGCUUUAAACAAGUGCUGAUGUUCAAUCACUCAAUACCUCAGCUACACUUGUUGCCCAGGAAUCUGGCAUUGAGGACACACUACGGUGGAAAGAGAGGGUCACACACCCUCACGCAUCGAGCACAGUGGGAGAAUCAGGAUUUAACCGACUCCUCAGAUGGUGUCACCCAGUUACAAAUUUAUCCAGAACUGUCAGGAAAGACUCAUGGUUGGGGUUUUGCUCUUAGGGUAGAGAAUGACACUCAGAGGAAACUAGGUGACCUGAGUGUCGACUGGACUCUGUAUGGACACCAUGAUCAGGUCAGAGUUCAAGGCUCUUGGACUUUGGUGAGUGGAAAAACAGAUUCAUUCGAACAGAAACAACCCUUUAUCUCAACACUGGCUCACUUUCAAAUGCAAGCCCUAUCACACGGACCCGACCACAGGCACGACAGCAACAACCAGGCCCCUCUUUCCUGGGAGCACGGAAAGCCUGUAAAUGUUUCUGUAACAGUGAGCGAGCACUGGCAUGAUGGCUCCAGCAGAGGGCAGGCCUGUAUCUUUCUCUCACCAGGACAGAUACAGUCGUUGCUCCCCCUAGUGGAGAUGGAGGGAUGUGUUGCUGUAGCUCAGGAGGGGAAGGCCUACUCCCAAAACACAGAGCUCAAAUGGAAGGAUAAGAGGAUAGCACAAAGCAUGAAAUACCAGGGAGGAGUAAAAGGAAUGCACACACUCCUCGUGGAGCUGGGGGCCCAAAACGUCUCUCCGUCUCCAUGUCCAUCUCACUCUCUUCUGACCCAGAUACACACCAACCUGAGAGACCGUCUUGAACACCAGGUUCAGAUCGGCCUCUGUCCUCCACAGCCUUGGCAGGUAGGAAACUGGAGUGUGGAACUGGCCUGCAGUUCUCUGUCUUCAGGCAGGAACGUGGCGGUCCAGGUUCAUGCAAAACUAGACCACAGUGAGAUGCUCUGGCUGCAGGGGGUGCUGGGAAAACGCUGCCUUCGAGCUGCUGCUGGAUACAACACUGAAAUGUCUGAUGAAAUCAGAGUGGCGUUUUGUUCGGAGGGACAUCACUGGUUUACCCUGGAGGCUCAGCGAGGCGGUUGUGGCAUUGAAAAUGAGACCCUUACCCUUAUUUCUGUAGGAGCAGCCAAUCAGAGUCUGCUAUUUCAAGCUAAGGGAUGUAGGGAAUGCAUGUGGGCCGCUGAGGCACGGCUCCAGCAGCUGGGGUCUCGGAUAAGGAGUAAACUGUUGGACAGAGUUCAGAGACUUCAGCAUCUACUGUUAACAUUAAGAAGACAGGCAGGGGACAGCAUGUUCCUGUUGGAGCUGAGUGAGGGGCCGCUGUCUCUGACCCAGCAAGCCGAGACUCUGCUGCUUCAGAGAGCAGGAGCGCUGUGGAAAGCAUGGACCACAGGCCUGCUCCGACACACGCUCACACACAGCCUACCACACAUGCUCCAUGUCCUGCAUCUCAUAUCUCAACAGGUCCAACAAGAGCUCAGGAAACCCCUGGCUACUCUAGCUGGAGCGUACCACGAUGUGACAGGGGUGCGUUUGGACACGGCGUGGCAGCAAGGAGUGCAGCUGUGGACCAGAGAACUGACGGAGCUUUUGCCUGCAAUACUUCACGAUCCUCAACUGAGGGCGCCGUCGCUGACCGCGUUGCAUGUUGCCAUCUUUGCAAUGGACAUGGUGGGCCAGCAGACCUUUCAGUGGAUGGAGGCCCGAUCGGCUGCCAUGCUAGUGGGUAUCAGAAGGCAGCUUGCACUAAUGUACAAGUUCUCCAAAAGUGUCCUUGACCUUGGCUUCAGCAUCUGUUUGCUGAUGGGCAUGUUGGUAUGUGUUACCCUGGACAUCAGUCUCUGUGCCGGUGAACCCAGUAUCUUAUCUCGAGGAAUGUUGCGGAUCUUCAACCAAUUCAGAAAAAGUCUGUCCCAUCCCUCUUAG